UGGCAAAAGCAUAGUUUUUUAUUGAAAAUCGCUAAAUUUAGAUUUAUUAGUAGUUGAAUACCAUUGGAUAGAAAUCACAAAUAGACGACAGAUGGCGUUUGCGCUUCUCUUCGCAUUUGCACUUUUCAAUUCUGCAUAUGGAACAGAAAAUGCCACAACUACCGCAUUGUCGACGGAUUCUGCCACAGCACUCACGCCUAUGAUUACGACAGAAAUUUCAACCGAUUGUGAAAAUAUUGAAAAUAAUUCCACAAUUCCUUCAUCAUGUAUAACUUCAACAUCAGUUGCAGUAACCUCAACUCAGAAUGCCAAUAACUCAGUUCAGAUCUCCACUCCUACAUCACAUAUUAACACAACAACUCAGCCCAGCGAAGUUAACGCCACCUUUACGAACAUAUCGCCGUUACACACAACUAUAUACAGCACCGUAACAGAGGAAUCAUUUCAAGAAACAACGUUUACGUCACCAGUGACAUCCCUCCAAACAAUAACAGCAUCAAGCAACAAUGAAACAGAAACUACAACUGAUGAGAUCGAUAAUAAUACGACCACUGCUAGUGCAUUGACUACAUCAGUGACUGAUUCGUUAACAACUCAGAAUAUAGAAGUCACAACUUCGUCCAUGCCAUCGAAUGUUACCACUGCUACAACAUAUCCAACUAUAGUACAACGAAUAAAGGACAUUUGGAACGAAUCUCUCGAGAAACUAAACUUCAGUUCAACUUAUUUGAAUGAGACUGAAAUGCUCGGCAUCACGUCUUCUGGCCUUAUUGACAUCAUGGUCGAAUAUUUUCUGAUGUCUAACGUAACGGAACUUGAGGUAAAGGUAAAAGACUCAGGAAUAACAGACUUGGCAGCUCAAAUUCUGAUCGAAAAACCCACAUUACUUGAAUCAGAAAUACGCGAGGAAUUCAAUAGUUCACAAAACAUAACUUUACACGUAUUAUUUUCAACCCUUUACUGGUUUCAUGACGAGGUUUUGUCCAACAUAGUCAACUUUCAACAUCUGUCUGAGUCUUACACACCACCGUCGACAUCUAGUGGUAACAAUGGUACUGGGAAUAGCACUUUGUCCGAUGCAACCCCUGCAGGAUUUAUAGGUUACAUUAUAAAUAAUGCUAAUGAAAGUUCCCUACAAGACAGUAUUUGCAAAGUUGCAAAAAACGAAGAAAUUGUUCAGUCGAUUUGUUCAACAAUUUCGCCACCUACUACGGCUGCCAGUAGUUUACCUGGUCCGGAGAUAUUUGAGUCAACAUGGAACAGCAUUGUCAGUGACGUCAAUUACAGUUUUGUGUCCGCGGCACAAGUGCAGCAACUGCAGUCGAUUACACCCAAAAAUAUGACAACUGCCCUAAUUAAUUACGUCAAAGAAAUGACGAACGACGAAAUUAAGAAUCUUGUCGACCUAAAUGUCACACAAUACGUGAACAACCUUCUUAGAAAAAAUGAACGACAAGUCGUCGACACCAUUGGAGAAGAAGCUGUCCGAGAAUUUGCAGGAAGUUCCGAUAGAGAAGACGUAUACUAUGUGUAUUCGAAUUUAUUAAAUAAGUUAUUCUCCAAUACAACCAAAUUUGAAGAAAUUAUUAGAGGAUAUAUAAAUAGUUCACCACCAGCAAGACGCAGGAGAAGCAUUUCGGAUUGUGACCUGAGUACAAUUAACCCUGGAGGCAUUUGUUGUUAUACAAUUGUUACAGAAGGAUCUGAUGCAGAGGCACUCCGCGACGCGGUAUGUGAAGAACUGAAUGGGGGGAAUGAAUGCAUGGACUCAUUUACCAUUGUCGAAGAAAAUGAACUUCAAUCUACUACAGCGACAAUUAUUCCCAUUUCACACGGUUUAACAACGUGGGAAAUUGUCGGCAUAGCUCUGGGUGCUUUUUUCGCCCUUUUGUUGCUUUUUCUAUUAUUGUUUUUUGUGUGGAAACGAUGCAUUCGACGGAAAUCGAAAGUGAACCCACAAGCAAACUCUCAGCAUUCCAGUUCUGAAAUGGAAGAGCGUAUGUCACACGGAAGCACCCGUGAACAGGCGCUAAGUAAUGGUCACACAAGUCGAAGCACUGCGAGUUCUGCAAACCCAUGAAGAUUCAUUGGAGAGUUAAGUUGGGGACAAAACGGGAAGAGUCUUGCGUGGCACGAUGUCAUGUUCCACCAGGGCUGUGGGAUUCUGCGUCAAAACUGUCGAUACGGAGUAAGAAACAUUUCGGCAAGUACCCCAGUGACCAAAAGACAUCGCUCAAUCCCACACGUUCACAUUAUUCUUCCACUUUACAAAAAAUGAUUUAAUAUUUGCUCUUUAAUCCCUAAGACGUUGAUUGUAAAUACUAUAUAUGUUAAAGAA